CGGCGAGCGAGGCAAACAAACCAUUUUCUCGCUCUCGAUGUAGAGGUUCACCCCCACCGCGAAGUGCAAAUGUGGGCCGUGUUGGUGUUGCUGGGGGCUUUGGCGGCCCCGGGGGCCCCGCAGCGGCGGGCCGAACCGCUGGGUUGCGCGGACAACUUCGACAUCCGCGCCGACACGAUCAUCCGGACGCAGGAUUCGCAGACGCUCGGCGCAAGGUUCAUGAACGAAUCCGAGGUGUCCGACCGGGACGAGUGCGUCCGACUCUGCUGCCAGACGCCCGACUGCAACGUCUUCAUCUACGAGGAAAAGAAUCCCGGAAGUUGUUAUUUAUUCGAUUGUGGUCCGACGGACGACUUCAAGUGCAAGUUUCACACUCACGCGCACUACGUGAGCGGCGUGAUGACGGUCAGCAGACAAGUGGCGGAGCUGGAGAGUCAAAUCAAGUUGAGCAAACACGAGCAGGAGCUCACCGGACUCAGGCGGAAGAGUGUGACUUUGGUCCAGAGCAAACCCAAGCUGAAGGCGACGACCACAAAGCCACCGACGACCACGACCACAACAAAGGCCACGCCGACGCAGACGGUCGCAACCACUGCAGCCCGUCGGUGCAGCAGGUACCAGUUCGAGUGUCGCACGUCGGGCGAGUGCAUCGCCAUUUACAACGCGUGCGACGGCAUCCCGCAGUGCGGUGACGCCAGUGACGAGGGCCCGGAGCUCAACUGCCCGGCGCCACCGACCACCAGGCCGCCGCCCCCGCCGCCUCCGGUCCUGCCGGCCGCCCCAGCACGCUCCAGCGGACAACUCGAGGGGCCCAUCGGACAGCAGCCGUGGGCCGCGCAGCCGCAGCAGCAGAACAAAGCAGGCGAUGCGCAGCAACCUGUUAGCACAGACAUUUCUCAGGCGCAGAACAAGUACUACGGUGACGGAGACUUCAGAGGGCAGCAGUGGCCUCAACAAGGUCCGCAGUACAGACAGCCGCCACCCCAGCAGAACCAGGUUCAAAAUAAUUUCCAUCGACCUGGAUCCUUUGAACCUUCAGAAUAUGACGGUAGUGCCCAAAGUAGCCACAUCUUCAACCACAAAACGACUGGUUUGAUGGCGGAGCAGGAGAUGCCGAUUUUUCCCAGAACCAACGGCUACAACGGCCGGGCGCCGGCCAACUACUACCCCAACCCGGACUACCACCAGCCUGAGACGGGGGUGCAGUGGCCCCGGCCCCAGGAGCCCAGUGGAUCAAACAGCAUAGGCCACUCGAUGGAGGAUGAGCUCAAGAUGCGGGCCCAGCAGCCCCCGGAAGCACCUCGCGCCCCCUAUGCGCCGUCGCAGUCGUCAGACUACUACUACGAGGAGGGUGGACAGCAGCAUGGCGUUUUCCACAAACACCUGCCAAACCUUCCCAAUAAUCAACCCUCCGCACCCCAGCAAGACCAACCUGCACCUCAGAGUGGAGUAACCGCCCCGAACGCCCAGGCUGCACCCCCGGUGACCCAGGAUAAAACGACGGAACACCCCAUGGAGGAGGCACAUAGGAGCGGCCACUUCUCUGGCAGUCCAUCCAAGAAGAAGGCUCUCGGACACAAUUCGGACGCGGAAGCCUUCCAGAUGCCGGAUGGAAGUGCGGCUAAACCCGGAGGAGCCUACCUUUCCCUCAGCAUCGGUCUGCUGGUGACGGCGUUGUUGGCGGCCCUGAUCAGCUGCAGACUGCGGGCGGUGCGGAGGCGGCUGCGGAGGGGCGGCAAGUCCAAUUUGGCCCACGACGCAGACUUUCUGGUCAACGGCAUGUACCUGUAGAGAGCAGUCGACAAAUAGACGAUCGAAAACGCGCGCGUGCCGUGAUUAUCAAAAUACACACAUCAUACCGAAGAAGAAUCUGUUAUAAAGUUAAUAUAUCAACAUUUGUAAGAGGAAAAUUAAUUAAGUAGCAGUUUAAAAUGAAUAUGGUGAUAAAUAUAAAGAACAUUUCAAAUCAUUUGUCAGUUAAAUGUGAAUUUAGUUAAAAAUAGUAAUGUUUGAGACAAACCUUGUCAAAAGCACUGAAAAGUUUGCACUUUGUGAUUUUCUGGGACGAUGAGAUAAUUUUUUUGUUGCAUUUUGAUUUGCCGGUGGAUGGAAACUGUUCGUCUUAAUAAAGUACACAUAAUUUAUCAGUUACAA